AUUGUUUGAUGGAAGCCAAUAUUGAAAUGUUUGAAGCUCAAGUUCAUAUUCUGAAGCACGCUUACAACUACGUAAACUCCAUGGUGCUUGCCACUGCAAUUCAGCUAAAUAUCCCAGACAUAAUCCACACCCAUGGAAAACCAAUCACCAUUCCCGACCUUGUUUCUGCACUCAAAAUCCCUCCUCAGAAAUCUAACGCCGUUUAUCGCAUCAUGCGCUUGUUAACGCACAACGGCUUCUUUGAUUCAACAAAGCUCAACGAAGAAGAAGAAGAAGAUGGGUAUGUUCUCACAGCUUCUUCAAGGCUACUCCUCAAAAGUCAGGUUCCAAAUCUGUCCCCUUUCGCCCUAUUCACGGUGGAUCCAGUCAUGUUAGCGCCAUGGAAGGUUUUGGGGGACUGGUUUUCACGAAAUGAGGAGUCCAGUGCGUUUGAGACCGCGCACGGGGCUCCUAUGUGGGAGUUUUGCGACACGAAUUCUAGGUUCAACAACGUUUUCAAUGAGGCAAUGGCUAGCGAUUCCCAGAUGAUGAGGUUAGUUGCGAAAGAUUGUGGGCAAGUGUUUGAAGGGUUGAGUACGUUGGUAGAUGUGGGAGGCGGCACCGGAACCAUAACUAAGCUCAUCUUGGAGGCGUUUCCGAGCCUCAAAUGCACUGUGCUUGAUCUCCCUCAUGUUGCUGCAAAACAACAGGAUUGCCAAAAUCUGCGAUUUCUUGGUGGGGACAUGUUUCACUCAAUUCCUUCUGCUGAUGCCAUCAUGUUAAAGCAUAUUAUGCAUAACUGGAGUGACGAGGACUGCCUGAAGAUACUAAAGAAAUGCAGAGAAGCCAUCUCAGAGGACAAUAAGAAUGAUGGAGUGAAGAAGGGGAAGGUGAUCAUCAUCGACAUGGUUUUGGGCGCAGAGAAAGAUAAUGAAGCAGAAGACAUAACUGAAUUGAAGCUGAUGUUUGAUGUUCUGAUGAUGGUUCUCCAUUCUGGGAAGGAACGAACAGAGAAGGAAUGGGAAAGACUGUUCAUUCAAUCUGGGUUCACUCACCAUAAGAUAACACCAAUUUUUGGCCUCAGGUCCCUCAUUGAGGUGUUUCCUUAGUAUCCACUUUUCAUCAAACACUAUCAUGUUUCAAUUCUUAUUAUUGCUCUCUAUCUCAUCAAUCUUCUAUGUUUAGUUUCCUGCUGCCUGCUGUUUGUUCAGAAUAACACUGUACUACUAUAAAUCAAUUCCUAAUUUUAAAUU